AAUAAAUUAUAAGAUAUACUUGUGGGUGCUAGUGGGUUAGUACUUUGAAUAUUUUAACUGUUCUAUUGACAUGGGGAUGUGACGUCACUGCGGCGGUUGGUUGCCGCUUCUUGCUGUUGCUAUUUACGCUGACGGCAACCGGGACGUGAAGCUUUUUUCUGGCUAUCAAACUCAGGAUAACAUGCGCUCCCUCGUAGGACUAAUUACGGUUGUCGCCGCAGCCAGCUUGUAUCUAUAUUCCCUGUCCUUGUACCUCCCCGCGGGACCAAGAAAGCGUUCUGUCCGGAGCGCCGAGGCUGGACAUGUGUCCGAGGAGCAACAGCAGCAGCCCGGCGACUCCUUAGACGAAGAAGAGCCCAGCAGGUUAAAGUUCCCUUCAGACUUGGAGGAGCUGCGGGAACUCGCUGAACUCUUGCAGUUCUACAAGACAGAGCACACUGGAUAUGUCCUGCUCCUCUUCUGCAGUGCUUAUCUCUACAAGCAGUCCUUUGCUAUUCCUGGAUCCUCAUUCCUGAACAUUCUUGCGGGAGCUAUAUUUGGACCCUAUCAAGGACUGCUGCUUGCCUGUGUGCUCACAACCGUGGGCUCUACAAUGUGCUUCCUCCUCUCCCAAUUCUUUGGAAAACACUACAUUGUGAACCUCUUCCCAGAUAAAGUCUCCACGUUGCAGAGAAAGGUGGAGGAAAACCAGGACUGUUUGUUCUUCUUCCUGCUCUUCCUGAGGUUCUUUCCCAUGACUCCCAACUGGUUUCUGAAUAUGUCUGCCCCAAUUGUAAACAUCCCCAUCACCUUCUUUUUCUGCUCAGUCUUUAUUGGCCUCCUGCCAUACAACUUCAUCUGCGUCCAGACAGGCGUCAUGCUAUCAGAGGUGUCAUCGCUGGAUGACUUGUUCUCCUGGGAGCGGCUCCUGCAGCUGCUGGCCAUCGCCUGCAUGGCUCUGCUGCCUGGUGCCCUCAUCCGCCGCUUCAGUCAGAAGCGACUCAAACUUGGCACCCAGUCACAGAAUGGACUCGAUAAGAAGGUCCAGUGAUCCAUCCUGGGACUAAGUUUGUUUGUUAACAUACUGAUGCCUUCUGCCCUCGAGAGCGAAUGAAACACACACACACGUGUAAAGUGCUUUACUGUUGCACAGCCACCUGGACAAUUCACAGUGGGAGUAUUUGAGAAUUAUGUCCUACCAGAUAUUUCCGUGCCACAUGUUGGCACAGCAGUAAAUGUUUAUAGAUGUAGGAAUGUACAGUGGUGACACAAAGGGGAGGGAGGGGGGCAUUUUAAGGAAACUUUGCUCUUGCACUCAUGUUCAGAAAGCAAGUGUUCAAAGUGCCUGUCGUGGAGUUUUGAACUCACACUUCUACCUCCAUGAGCACCAGAAAGAGAUGGUGUAAAUGUUUGUUGUUGGUUUUGUGGG